CGGCGGAGCGCGGCACAUGGCGGCGGGCGGCGGCGGCCAUGCAUCUCAGCAUCCCGUGACUUGCCCCUUGGCGUGGCCACAGUUGGGGCGACCAGGCUGCUGACCCUGCCAUCGUGCCUGCCCAGCAUCACGCCAUCGCCCUGCGCCGUCCCUGCAGCCCCUUGGACAGAAAGACCUCCUCUCCCCUCACUCCGGGGAGGAUUUUUCUCUGGCUGGCAGUCGCUUAUCUCUAUGGUUUGUGGGUAAUACAUGUGCAAGUGCCUCAAGUUUCUCCUACAAGAUGUGUUCCACAAAUCCAGCCAAUUGGGUCACCUUCGAUGACGAGCCACUCUUCCAGUCGCCUCAGAAAUCAGCUGAUAAUCAGAGCAGUUGUAAAGCAAAUGGCCUUAAACUCAAUCUGUCCAGUGUGCAUGACUCUUCAAGUAGGUCAUCUUCUACAGGCAGCACUCCACUGUCGUCUCCUGUAGUUGACUUCUACCUAAGUCCUGGACCACCCAGCAACUCUCCACUUACUACACCUACCAGAGACUACCCAGGGAGUCCAUGCUUCCCAAAGCCUGGGAUUCACAUUCUUUAUCCCAUCCCCGAAUGGCCAUUGAACGUUAACCUUCUUCCAUCACCUGGGAUUUGCUCAUCCCUAACCUCACAGAAACCGAGCAGCCUUCCUUUGAACACCUUGCCUAAUGACCAUCCAGUUAAGACUUUGGUCUCCAAAUCAACAGACGAAGGAAGCCCUAAUCCACCAGGAGGUUGUGAGGAGUUAGGAGACUCGUCCUCGGCACCAGGGCGCUUCCCGUACUUCCAGGGUGACUGUGCUUUUUCCAGUCCUUUUUGGAAGGAAGGAUGCUUGCCCAGCACAUCACCAGUUAACGUUAGCACACACAGGAAGGAUAAAGCACUUGACAGGAGCAUCUGUCAUCCUAAAGACAAAGAAGCUUGCCACGAUCAGAAAAGCCUUAACCAGGGCUCCUUCAGCUACAUCUGCGAGAGGCUCGAACACCUGCAAGCUGACAGCUGCGCCGCCGCGGGGAGCCCGCCUGUCUCCAGCACUCGGGCAUGGCACGGGCUCUCCCCCGCGGUCCCCUGCAGCCUCUUCAGGAGCCGGAACGUGGAUGGGUGGCCAUUCAUGCUGAGGAUUCCCGAAAAGAAGAACAUGAUGUCGUCUCGGCAGUGGGGCCCUAUUUACCUUAGCGUCCUAGCCGGAGGUGUAUUGCAGAUGUAUUAUGAAAAGGGCCUGGAGAAACCUUUCAAGGAAUUCCAGCUGCAGCCACACUGUAAGCUGUCCGAACCCAAAUUAGAGAGCUAUAAUGUCUCGGGGAAAAUCCAUACCGUGAAGAUCGAGUGUGUGUCUUACAUGGAGAAAAGGAGGUACCAUCCCAAAGUAGAAGUGAUCCAUGAACCAGAGGUUGAGCAGAUGUUAAAGCUGGGCACCACAGAUUAUAACGACUUCACCGAUUUCCUCGUAACGGUCGACGAAGAGCUUAUGAAGCUUCCUGCUGUUUCUAGACAAAGGAGGAAUUAUGAAGAGCAAGAAAUGACGCUGGAGAUAGUGGAUAACUUUUGGGGGAAAGUCACUAAGGCAGAAGGAAAACUCGUGGAAAGUGCUGUCAUCACGCACAUCUACUGCUUAUGUUUUGUGAACGGGACUGCUGACUGCUUUCUAACCCUGAAUGACCUGGAGCUCCAGAAGAGGGACCAGCGUUACUUUGAGAAGGAGGAGGAGAAGAAAUGGAUCGAUAUUCUCGAUUACCAUUUCCAUAACUGUGUUAAAGUGCAGGAAUUUGAACAAUCGCGAAUUAUUAAGUUUACGCCCCUGGAUGCCUGCAGGCUGGAACUGAUGCGUUUCAGGACACAGUACAACGGGCAAGACCUUCCCUUUUCUGUGAAGGCAGCAGUAGUGGUUCAGGGGGCGUAUGUUGAACUUCAGGCUUUUAUAAACAUGUCUUCAACUGCUCCAAUCCCAACGCGUGUACCCUCUGUGAGAUACUGUGAAAACAUUAUGAUACGCUUUCCCGUUCCCACGCAGUGGGUCAAAGCACUUUGGACCAUGAACCUCCAAAGGCAGAAGUCCCUAAAAGCAAAAAUGAAUAGGAGGGCAUGCCUUGGCGCUUUACAUGAGGUUGAAUCUGAUCCCGUAAUACAAGUCUCGGUUGGAACAGCAAAAUAUGAGAGUGCCUACAGGGCGGUUGUGUGGAAGAUAGACAGGCUUCCAGAUAAAAACUCAAGUUCAGAUCAUCCACACAGCCUGUCUUACAAAUUGGAACUGGGAUCAGACCAGGAAAUACCGUCUGACUGGUAUCCGUUUGCUACUGUCCAGUUCAUUGUUCAUGAUACCUGUGCCUCAGGAACAGAAGUCAAAUCACUGGGCGUAGAGAGCGAUCUGCAGCCCCAGAAACACGUGGUCCAGAAAGCUUUUUACAAUUGCCAGGUUGAAAUUGAAAAGAAGUGGAUUAGGCUUGAUGGAGAAGAUCCAGAUAAGGCUGGGAACUGCCUAAUGCAGUAAAAGAGGAUGGGAGGCAACAUCAUAGGAUAUUAGUAGGAAUCAAUUUACAUAGGAAAUUUAUUGUUAGAAGAAGCGCAGUGACCUAGUUUAGGAUAAACAUGGUCAUUGAAUUUUCUUUUUUUUUCUUUUUUAGUGCUUUUGGGUUUGAUUCUGAAAAUCAGUACUCGUUUGACUGGCCUGCGUUCAAGUAAACUUCCUGUUGUGGGAAUACUGGUAUGAGUAAAGUCUCCUUGUAAAUACUUGCAGAAUGUGAGCACUUAAUUGACUGAUUCCAAUACAUUAUUUUCCUGUUGUGUAUCUAUGACUUGGGAGUGAUCUCAUACUCCAUACUGAAACCUAAUGGCACUACUCAAAGAGUUCAUGUCAGUUGGACAUAUAAUAUUCAGCAAUAAAAACUGCCAGAGUGCUUAUGUGCAGACCAGCAUCUGUGUAAGGUCCAGCAGGACCAAUUACAUCUUUUAGCGGUGUUUGAAAACUAAAGUCCCCCAUGUUUCUGCUCCCCUCGAUAUAUGUGAACAGAGCAAGUUGUAAUAUUAUUCUCAACAAAAGCCUCAAUUAAUGAGUUGGAAACUGGGGUGAUUUCAUUGGUAAAAUGGGAAAAGUUCCUCCGCAAUAAUAUUCUUCAUUUUUCUGUGGCUGCGAGUGUUUCCUCCCCAGCACUUUAUAGGCUCACUCAAAGUAAUCUCUUGGGUAAAAAAACAUAUGGCAGAUGUGAGUGAAAUGUCUGUGCCAGCAUUAGACAAAUCUUUUUUCACUGCUGCAGCGAGUGAGACAAGGGGCAGAUCCUCAGCAAGUGUAACUCACUCGGGGCCCAUUGCAUUUGAUGAAGCUUGGAGAAUUUACUCCAGUGGUGGGUUUUCCCCACAAACUGAAAAAACAGUUGGUCGCUGCUGUUUGCCCUGGGUCUCCUUUAGAGGAUGCAAGUUCCAGAUGUUGAUUUGGAAACUGCAGGAACUCUUGCUUUGAGUAACUUCUAAGACAGUCUUUCCAUGCACGGGAGGGGAGAUGUUUUCAUGCUACUGGGCUCUGAAGGCAUUUUCUGUGGGGAAAUAAUGCAGGAAUGGACUAUUGCAAGAAAAGCGAAGCGGUGACGCAUCAGCAGGCAGCUUGAGCUACUAAUCCUGUAUCAAUGUGUUAACUGUUUUUUCAACAAACUAUUGGCAUUUAGGGAAAGGUUUUAAACGCUUCCCCUCAUGCAUUAUUCUCUUUGUCAUUUUGUAAUUCCAGGUCUGAAACAUUCUGAUAAAUUAAAAAAUUGCUCCUGAUACUUUUAGUUUUCCUUCCCCCUGCAGUUUUCUUAAAAUUAUCCUUACUUCAAACUCAAAUUAGUGGAGGACAAAAAUAUAGUAUAUGCACUAAGUCUCACUUUAUAUUUUGUACAGCUUGUAACUGUUUAUAUGAACACUGUGUAAAAAUACAGAUAAAUGUUAUUCCCCAAAAGUAGAAAUACGUGGGAUAUGCACUGAGAAAAUUACCAGUCUGAGGAAACAGAAGGCCAUAAUAUGAACCUAGUUCAUCACAAUACUUUCCCCCCCAUUUGGAAGCUGAGAAUGAAAUGGGUAAUAGAUUCUGUAGUAAGUCCUGAGGGCAGGUUUUUUAUGGGCAUUGCAUUGCCAAAGCCCCAAAUAGACUAUUACGGUAUUUUGGCUUCUCUAUAUAUCCCUUUUUAUUAGCAGAUUAUAUUAUUAUAGAUCUAAGCAAGCGUUUGAGUGCAGUCAUGAUCCAAAUAUGUCUCAGCUGUUGUUGUAUCCUCCAUCCGUGUUUUGACUUGAGAAGCCAUUGGCACCUUCAAGUCAUGUUUGGUUUUAUUCCUAUUUAAUUUUGAUUUAUAUACUUCUCAGCUGAACGAAGGGGCACAGUGUGCGCUAGGGCGAAGCGUUUAUACUUCGCCUCACGGCAGAGCUCUGCAGUUCGCCGAAGCCCAUGGUUACACUAGAGCUGCAAUAUCUGUUAACCUCUUUGCUCGGUAAGGUAGAGGAAGCAAAACAGGUGUUGCAGAUACCUGCACUAACCUUUGUCUGAGGCUGGCUGGUUUUGAUUGGCAUUAAUACAGCUCAUUCAGUAAAUCUGUUAGCAGUGGUUGCUGUUCAGAGCCUGUCUUGCCCAGCUGGCCCCUAUUGUUCUGUUUUCAAGAAGGAUGGACAGCCAGGCUGUUCUGGGACUCUUUCACCUUAGGAUCACCAUGUGCAGCACUUGUCUCCUAGGCAUUUGGCACCUGGUGGUGUUACCGGUCCUGCAGAAGCAUCGGCUGCUUUUCUUCUGUCAGGUAUCUGCUGUAUCUUGAUGUGUCUAAGAAGCCUGUGUAGCGUUGACCCCUCGAGAUGUGAGCUAUCCUUUUGAAUGGCCUCAGUGAUGAGCACCCACGUUACAAGUCACCUUUCCUGCUAGCGCAUCUGUAUUACAGCAGGUGUAGUGAAAAUGGCCAUUCAGCCUUACUGAACUCGUUAACAUAAAAAAGGGGAAGCUACAGCUUUAUCUAAGUUGCAGACCCUUGGUUUUCCAUCUGAGACCUGCCAGACUCACCAUUAAUUUUAUUUGGAAUUGGAUCAAGAUCACAGGGAAUUAAUUCCACAGAAAUACUGCCACACUGUAAGUUCAGUCUCAAACCGAUGUUUGUAUGCUUUGCUGUCAGAAUAUUUAAAAAUAGGCUGCAGUUUAAUGGCAGAAAGUUUGGGUUGUUUGACUCCUUUCCCCCCCCCCCCCCUCAAAUUCUAACUUCCUAUUCUACAGCAGCAUGCCAAAGCAGAAACACCCUGGCUUUUUUUCUUCUGCAUUGUCCAGUGUCCUUCAGUAUAACCUACUGAAUGAACAUUCUCAAUGUUUAAGACUUGUUUGUUAACAUUUUCGAUGAAUGCUAUAGCAGGUGAUAGCGAGUAAACAGACUGGCUUUGAUUCUUUAGAAAUCUGGUCUAUAUGUAGCCUACCUGUAAUUUUGGGAGGGGAAUGGAGGUGAGGAAUAGUUGCAAUAAGCCAUUGUGAUGCUCAGUGUCCAGCUAGCAGAAGGACCAGAGCCUUAAAUAAUCCAUGAGGUACAUUGGCAUCAUGUGAGGAACCAGGUUUCACACGUCUCUGAUCGCUGCUUCCCACAGCUAGUGCCUGCAGUCACUGAAAUGCUUCCAGCUGUUUGGGUCACUUCGGAUGCUGACACUUCACUAACAUUUACUACAGGGCUGUAUUUAGAAAUUGUCUGUUUCCUUCACAAAGGACCAGCAGGGUUUGGGAUAUUUUAUAUUUUAAACAGGAAUCAAUGAGAACAGCUAUUUUUAUAGUGUGUUUGCCUUAUUUACAAAGUGUUGUAUUAGCUGAAACUGACAAACUUCGAAUUCAUCUUUCUCGUACUAUUUUAUAUUACUGUAUGUAAAUGGUACUUGAUGUAAUUUUGGAUUAAAACACCCAUUGAAGUCAAUGGAAGUCUUUUAAGUGACAAAAUGGGAUCUGCAUCAAAGUCUUUUAAGAAUAAAGGAGAGGCAAAUAAAAAAAAAAAAAAAAGAGAAGAAGAAAGGAACAGUAGUAAUGGGCAGGAAAAAAAACCACUAUAGAAGAUUCUUGAUGCUAGUAGGUAAGCAACCUACACUGCUUGCUUAUUCCAACCAGAAAAGAGCACAAAAGAGAGGAAAAGAGGUGUUACUGGGUGUCAAAGUUGAAGCUUUGAGUGAUUGGGAACAAUGGUCUGGCUGCCCCUGUGUAGCAGCUCUCAAGAAAUGAGGAUGAUGAUGCACUCCAUUGAAUGAUGCCAAGCUGCUGUCCUCCUUAUGCUCCUUGGUUUUUUUUUCCUCCCAAUUCCACAUUAAUUGUCUAAAAGUACUUUACAUCUGAAAACAUGCUUUCACGUGUUGCUUUUAGUUGCAUUUAUUUUACUUGAUGGACUUCUUAGCUGCAGUAUUGGUGUCCACACCUCUAUUUUACAUUUAUUUAUCUUUUUGUUGACUAAACACAGUACCUGCUGCAGUUGGUAGUUCUUAGCUAUAAUUUUGAUAACUCUGAAGCAGUACUGUUAUUCUUAAUGGAAAAUAUAAUUUUAUUUGGGUCUUUUGUCAGUAUAAGUAUAAACAGAUCGUGCUGAUAAUCUUGUAAUAACAUUUUGUAGAUUGCCUAUUGAUUAAAAAAAUAAAGUUGUAUUUCAAACUA